AUGAGUGUUGGUGACCUGGAUAGCCGGUUACGUCUCAUUAAAGUGGCGACUGAUGCGACAGAGAAGAAAUUGAAGAAGUUAUACGAGGAUGAAGUUUUGAAUAUCUUGAGAAGUGACAUGGAAGCCACGAAGAGGAAUCUUUAUGUUGUGAUAUUUGAUACUAGACAUUCCGAUAGCUUCUUAGCUUGUGCUAAGUUGAGACCGAUGCAGCCAAAGACUACCAAAAAGGCUACAAAGAUGCGAACCAUUGUUGCCCUCGUAUCCUGUGUUUUCCUGGCGUCAGCCGGCACUGUGCCGGAGUUUAAGGAGUUUAAAGCGGAGAAUUUACGAACUGACCAGCAAUUCUGGAAAAACAUAGCAAGAGAUGAAUUAUACGAAGCCCUUAGAGUGAGACAGAACUAUGGGAAGGCGAAGAAUGUGAUCCUGUUCAUCGGUGACGGCAUGGGACCUAACACGAUCACGACAGCCAGGAUCUACAAAGGAGGCGAGACUAAUCGCUUGGCAUUCGAGAGAUUCCCUCAUAUGGGGCUCCUAAAAACAUAUUCAGCGGAUCAGACAGUAUCCGAUUCCUCAAGUACCGCCACGGCUCUCUUAUGUGGUGUCAAAGCAAACCGCGGAACAUUUGGCGUUGACGCUUCGGUUGGAUUCUGGGAUUGUCCAGGCUCUUUGAGACCUGAAGCACGAUUAGAAUCACUAGCCUCAAUAGCUCUUAAGGCUGGAAAGAGUGCAGGUUUAGUAACGAACAUGCGUAUCACACAUUCUACUCCCGGCCCACUUUAUGCACACAGCGCCCAACGCAAUUGGGAGUGUGAAGCUAAAAUGCCGGAAUCUGUACGUGCUUGCAAAGACACCGCUAGACAACUUAUUGAGGACUUUCCCGGCAGAGAUCUUAAUGUAAUUUUGGGCGGUGGUCGUCAAGCCUUCCUUACCGAUGUCACCCAGACCCCAGAGGAUCCUAUCGAUUCUUGGGGUUGCGUCAGAGAGGACGGAAGAAAUCUCAUCGAAGACUACAGGCUGGACAAACAGCGAAGAGGACUAAGAGCAGCUGUAGUUAAUAACAAUUUAGAACUGAACAGUUUGAACCUCAACAAUACUGAUUAUCUUCUAGGUCUCUUCGCAAACACUCAUCUGAAAUACGAGCACGAACGUGACACUGGUCCUAAUGGAACUCCUUCUUUAUCUCAACUAGUAGAAGCUGCUGUCACUGUACUAAGAAAAAAUGAGAAAGGGUUCUUCUUAAUGGUUGAAGGUGGAAACAUCUCAAUGGCCCACUUCAGAGGCCGUGCGAAGAAGGCCAUCAUGGAGACCUUAGCAUUCGAACAGGCCGUAAUGAAGGCUAUGGAGAUGACUAACGAAGAAGAAACACUCAUCAUUGUAACCAGUGAUCAUGCUUUCACUCUAAAUAUUAACGGUUACCAGAGGAGAGGACAAAGCAUAUUUGGUAUCGCUAUGACGUCCCCCCACGACCAUCGCAAUUACACAACACUAUCAUACAGUGUUGGUGGUCCGGGAUCCUUCCACUAUGACAUCGAGACCGGAAAUGAUGGUACCCAGCAGAUUGUGAGGAGAGAUCCAAGCACUGACGAUAUCGAAGACGAGAACUACGAACAAAUUGGUGCGAUACCACUCGAUGAAAGCGGCCACGGUGGCAACGACGUUACUGUUUAUGCAAGAGGUCCAUUCUCGCAUUUAUUCCACAACAUUCACGACUCUCACUACGUCUACACUGCGGUGUCGUACGCAGCUGAAAUCGGUGAUUUCGUCAGACCACGGCGGAACAACUAACUGUUCGAUCAAUAUAACCUUCCCAUUUAGAUGUUCUGUAGUAGAUAACAUUUUGAAAAAAAAUCCUUAUAUUUACCAAAAAGUUACCAGGUUUUAGGUUAGGUUUACGUUUUUGUUUGAAUCUUGGUUCAAAUAAUUAUGUCAAAUGAGAGGUUAAUAGACUAAAAGUAGAU